GUCCCUGGGACAUUUGAUAACGCUGCAGCGCGUGAGGGGAAGGACUUGGAAGACUGGCAGAAAGGACUCUCCAAGAAAGUGAUAAAGGGGCAUUACGAAUCCUUAACCGUGUCGGGCAAAGACUAUCCUGUUCCCAAAAGCCAUAUCCAGGCCAGAGAUGCGCUGCAUGUCAAGGAUCAGCAGGAUUUUGAGGAAAGGGAGAUUCCCACAAGUCUUAGCGCAGACUGCGGUAAAAGCUUCGGUCGCUACGGAGACUUGAUUCGCCACCAGAGAACUCACACAGGGGAGAGGCCUUACAAGUGUACGGAAUGUGAAAAAAGUUUUAUGGAAAAACCGAGACUCACUAAUCACUUGCGAACUCAUAACAUAUACAUGUAA